AUUCAGACAGCGGCAAAACACCCGGUGCUGACAGAGCCACGUGUCACUCUGCUCCAUUCCUCUUCUUUUCAAAAACUCAUCCAAACUGCACAGCAGUAGUAGUUGCUCAGUCCCUCCUUCUUCCUCAGAAACCUAGCAGAGCAGAAGAGUAAGUUUGUAGCUUGCAAUGAAGCCCUCAUCGCGGUACAGCUCGUACGAUGCGCGUUCCUCGACCUCCUCGCACUUCUCCGACCCCUCGUCUUCCACAGAGCUCAAGCUCCCCAUUUCCUCACGCCCCGUCGUCAAAUCCAAGCCCUCGGAUCCCAAUAUCUCCACGAUGGUGAAAAAGUUCAUGGAAAAGCGGUCGACUUCCAAGGCCAAGCCGAUUAACCCGACGGGGCUGGUGAUUCCGUCGGAUCUGAUCGUGGGCGGAUUGAAAAAGCCGGCUAGAAACGGGUCGGGUUCGAAUUUCGAGGCGCUGGGGAGGAAGCUGUUUGGGAAAGGAGCAGGAACGACCUCGUCCGAUAAGAAAAAGGAGGUGAAGGCGUUGACUGAGGUAAAGGGGAACACCAGGACGCUGGCCAUGGUGUUGAGGAGUGAGAGAGAGCUCUUGAAUUUGAAUAAGGAGCAAGAAGUUGAAAUUGUCCAGCUUAAAUUGAUGAUUCAAGAAAAGAACAGAGAAGUGGAUAAACUGAAGGAUUUGUGUUUGAAGCAAAGGGAAGAAAUCAAAUCUUUGAAGAGCGCAAUUUUGUUCCCGGAUGUUAUGAAUUCUCAGCUUCAAGAGCUGUUGGAGAAGCAGGGGUCAGAACUGAAGCAAGCAAAACAAGUAAUCCCAAAUCUUCAAAGGCAGGUUUGUUCUCUUACUGGUCAGCUUCAGUGCCUUGCAGAGGAUCUUGCAGAGGUGAAGGCAGAUAAAGGUUCAGUUAGGGCAUGUUUUCGACGUGAUGACACUUCUCCAAGCACUCCAACUUAUGAUGACAAGGAAUACUCUAAUUCUCAUGAGUUCAGCUCUGGUGAACCAGCCAGCCCUGGUAGUCCAGAUGACAUGUUCCUGAAGGAUUUGAAUCCUUGCUUGACCCCAUUUCCAAAAACAAAGUCCAAGGAAUUUGACGAGAUGGGCUACAACUCCCCAUAUCGACAUGAUGAAAGCUUAUCUGAAAAAAAUAUGGAGUUUGGAUUUAACUCUUGUUCCAGGAAGUUGUCCAAAAGCUCUGAUUGUUGCCAGAAGACGGAAACAGAAAGCAGAAUAGCACAAGGAAAUCGGAGAUCGGGUGAUGCCAAACCAACUUAUGGAAAACAAAUUCACCGUAGAUUUAUCUAGAUCAAGGUCAUAUUGUUUCUAUUAGUCGUUUGUUUCCUUCUGUUAGUUUUCCGUCUUUCGGUUCAUCUUGGAAGUAUUUACUCUGUCAGCUUAUACACAAGGUUUACUGUCUGAAAGGUGAAAGUCAUUUCACAGUAGAAAAUUUUGUACAUGCACUUGAAGAGCAUGAAUAAUGAAGAACUGAAGCUUUGCGGAUUCCUUUAUCUGCUAUAUACUAUCUAUUCUGUGCCA